ACAAGAUAGACAAUCCAUUGGGCUUACGUGCACACACCUUACAUAUCAACGCACAGAAUACACAAACACAGCAGCACGCACACCCACCCCCGGAAAGAAAGAAAUGACCCUCCUCAUCCUCGGCGGUGGCAUAAUCGGCCUCUCCACCGCCUAUUACGCCUCACAAGCCGAGCCCACCCGCCACAUCCAAAUCAUCGACUCCGCCUCGGCACUUUUUCAAUCUGCGUCGGGCUUCUCCGGCGGCUUCAUCGCCAAAGACUGGUUCUCGCCCGAGGUCACCUCCCUGGCCGACCUGUCCUUCCGCCUGCACCAGCAGCUGGCGGACGCGCACGACGGGCGCCGGAAAUGGGGGUACAGCGCGAGCCAAGCAUUCGGGGUGACGAUGGACGAGCUGGACGCGCAGGGGCGGAAGACCGGGGGGAAGGUGCGCGGGGAGGAUUGGUUGUUGAGCGGGACGAGUCGGGCGGAGGUCGCCAAGCAGUUCUCUUCUAUUGCCGGGGGGAAGAAGGAACCGGUGGAAGGGGAUGGGAGGGUGGAUGCACAGGGUAAUCCGACGUGGAUGAACCAGCCCGCGGAUUGCGUGGUGGAGGAGAUUUCCAGUGAGGCGGGAUGUGCGCAGGUCGACCCCAAGGCGCUGGUGGAGUGGCUGUUGGCGCGGUGUCGGGAGCGCGGGGUGGAGAUCCGCCUGAACACGCGCGCCACGGGGUUCGCGGUGGAUGCGGACGGGAAGAUCGAGGCGGUGCGCGCGGAGCAGCGUCUCUCGGCGUCCAGCACCCCGGUGGAGAUCACCCUGCCGUGCCGGGAUGUGGUGAUUGCGGCGGGGUGUUGGACCCCCCGGGUGUUCCAGACGCUGUUCAAGCGGAAGAUGGCGGUGGGGAUUCAUGGGCUGGCGGGGUAUAGUGUCAUUGUGCGCUCGCCGCGGUAUACGCGCUCGACGCGCCAGAAAGAUCACUCGAUUUUCUGCGCCCCGGGCCCACAGUGGGAAUUUGCGCCGGAGAUGCUGGGCCGCGUCAACCAUGAGGGGGUGGCGGAGAUUUACGUCGCCGGCCUCAACAGCGACACGAUGCCCCUGCCGGAGGUGGCGGGCGACAUCCCCAAGCUGCGCGACCCGCAACAGGUCGAGCGGCUGCGAGAGGUGGCGCGGCUGUUGACGGGCAGCACCGCGUCCACGGCCAGCGAUCUGGAGAUUGUCAGUGAAGGGCUGUGUUUCCGCCCGGUCUCGUCCACCGGAUCCCCCAUCAUCUCGCCGGUCACCGGUGCGGUCAGCAGCGCAGGAGGUAAGGUGUAUGUCGCCAGCGGACAUGGGCCGUGGGGCAUCACUCUGGCCCUGGGAACAGGCCAGAUCGUGGCAGAGCUUUUGGCGGGCGAGACCCCGAGUGCGGAUAUCAGCAAGUUGGCGCUGAAGCAGGAUGUGUCCCUGCUCAAGAGUCAGCUGUAGAUGGUUGUGUAUGUGUCUUUUAGCG